AUGAGUGCUUCAUCUCAACCAAUUGAUUUUUCUCGGCAUCAGUUCUACGGGAAGACUUCCCGAGGCACCAUCCUCGGAACUCACACUGUUGGGCUUGGAUAUGUCAUUGUUAUGUUCGUCCUUCUUUUUCGGUUAGAAAUUUUUGAAGUGAUACCAAUAUUGUUUACGAACUCUGACGGGCUGCUGGCGACAAAUUUAAUACUUUUUAUCUACAUUAUGAUCAAUGCUGUUGGAAACUAUUUCUACGUAGUAACGACUGACACAUCUCAUAAGAGGCUGGAGAAAUUAAGCGAGGGACGCGAUGGAGAUUUCUAUUGCCAAUCGUGCGAACAAAAUUCGCCUCCAAGGUCACAUCAUUGUUCGUUUUGUGACAGGUGUAUAGUUAGGCGUGACCAUCAUUGUUUCUUUGCGGCAGCCUGCAUUGGUCACGCAAAUACGCGUUUCUUUGUCGUCUUUAAUUUUUUCGCAUUCGUCGGAUCAGCUUAUGUGGCGAUCAUAAACUUAUUUUACUUACAUCUGAAGAUCGGUCCUUUAAUUCCUCUCAGUUUUGAGGCCAUCUGCAAAGUUGUUCCACUAUUGACAGUCUUUAAAGUAUGGAAUGGAAGUGUCACGUUGUAUUAUUUCUUGGUGGUUGUUGUAACGUGGCUAUGUAUUGUUCAAACUCUGGGUUGUGCCAGCUGUUGCUUCUUUCAACUGACAUUGAUUUUCUCUGGGCAAACAACCUAUGAAUGGCAACAUAAAAAUUUCAUUUACAGCAAAGGUUGGAAGAAAAACUUCUAUGACAUUUGUGGAAAAAAGUGGUACCUCUGGUGGUUUUUCCCUAUUUUUCAGUGGCAAAAACUUGCAUCAAGGGAGGAAGAAUAUUAUGCACAGUAUAGUUCUAAAACAUCAAAGUAUGUCUGAGUACAUAAUUAUCAUGAUAAUGGUCAAUCAUUUAUUUUGCUUUCUCAUCCAAGUAUCCACUGAAGUAUCUUACAUACUCGUCUAUGAUAGGCUCAAUAACCUGCCACUGUUUGGGAAUAUGAGCCCACACUCCCCCCCUUGAACCAGGGAGGAGCAAAAAGUGGUCAGGAGAGAGCAGCAAAAAUCGAGCUUAAUCUAUGAUUACUCUACAUUUUCUUCAAAGAAGGGGAGUUCACUUUGAGUAUCACUUGUUCCUCUUUAGAUCACCUUGAAGGGCAACCUUGUUGUGGUCAGAUAUUUAGAAGUAGCCUCUACCUUUUUCUUUGGCUUAUUUUGCCAAUGCCACACUUCUUGCACUAAAAUUAUCACCAGUCCCUAUUGACUGAGGGUUCAGAGCAGGCAUGCUUGUUUGUAAGGGAUUUCACACUGAAAAGACAAGCAACCUGAGCAACCUCCUCUAAAAAUUACACACAGACACACCCACCCACACCCAUGCACACACACUUGAAAUAAGUAAGGGUAGGAGAAGGGUAUGAGUUGCAAGAGGCUUUAUCCUAGUGAAGAAUCAUUUGGUUUCCUAUUCAGGUUUUAUUUUUAUUUUGUUGCAACAACAGAAAUUAAAUGUGAACUAAAAAAAAGAAGAAUUGAUGACUGAAAAUAACAAAAUGAAGCAAUUGAUGCUCUAUCCUUGUGGAUAGAUUGAGGAUUGUGGGUUCAUUUUCUGAACAGUGGUUCGAGCGUAUGGUCUACCUAGCACUCAACAAAGUGCAUCUGCAUGUGCGACUGUUGUAAUAACUAGGUGGAGUACUUUCAGGCUGCCAGAACUCUUUAACUCCCAUAAGUGACCAAGACAGAAUUUCUCCUUACAGUAUCAAUACAAUAUCAACCAAAUGAGUGAUGAGAACAAAGAAAAAUAUCAAAUUGGGGAUAGUUAGUUGAUUUGAUACUUAAUUCUCUGAACUAACAUUAUAAUAAUUGUAUGGUUGACAGUAAGGAGAAUUACAAAUUUGAUCUGGGAGUUAAAGGGUUAAACAAUUUGCAAACAACCACACAAGCCAGUGAGUCAUGGUGUUUUGGAAUAAAUUUCUUGAAGAAGCUUUGUGUUCAAAAGUCUCGAGUUUUCCAAUUUCCUACUUUUUUUCUUUUACAGAUUUCAAUUUUCUUUUGUUGAUUUUUUGA